AUGGAUUACCCCGCGUCCUAUAGACUUGCAGGCACCCAGCACAUGGAAGCCCUGAUGCAGUCCCUCGUGAUUGUCUUGCUUGGCUUCAGGUCUCUCUUGAGUGACCAGCUCGGCUGUGAGGUUUUAAAUCUGCUCACAGCCCAGCAGUAUGAGAUAUUCUCCAGAAGCCUCCGCAAGAACAGAGAAUUGUUUAUCCACGGCUUACCUGGCUCAGGGAAGACCAUCAUGGCCAUGAAGAUCAUGGAGAAGAUCAGGAAUGUGUUUCACUGUGAGGCACACGGAAUUCUCUACGUUUGUGAAGGUCAGUCUCUGAGGAACUUCAUCAGGACAAUUAAUGCUGAUGCACUGAGGUUCCUAUACGCUGGGGAGCUGGAAAACGGAAUGAAGAAUCUUAGAGGAUUCCAUGCCCCCAGUAAGGACCCCAAUCUUUUUGAUGCUGAAGUAAUAGAGUUGCAAAAACUGUUUGUUCUUGUGAAGUGCUUGCACAAAUAUAAUAAAUGCAUCAACGAUUUUAAUCUUCGGAACCCUGAAUCUUGCUUUCGGAGUGCCUGUCCUGCCGGCGUCGCGUCUGCGCGGCUCCCUGUGCUCAGAUGGUUCGUGGGCAUCCGCUCCUUUCCCCCACCGCCGCAGUCCACACUCCGCGUUCUGGGGAAAAGGCUGGGUCGGAGCGGAGCCAUCGCCGCUAAGGUAUGCGGAGCCCUCUUCAUCGGGUACUGCAUCUACUUCGACCGCAGAAGACGAAGUGACCCCAACUUAAAGAACAGGCUUCCAGAGGAAAGAAAGAAACAGAAGCUGGCCGAGGAGAGAGUUGAGCUUUCCAAGUUUGCUGACCUUAAAGAUGCUGAAGCUGCUCAGAAAUUCUUCCUUGAAGAGACACAGCUUGGUGAAGAGAUCCUAGCUCAAGGUGUAGGCCACCUGACAAAUCCAAGUGCUGUGUGUGGACAGCCACAGCAGUUACUGCAAGUGCUACAACAAACUCUUCCACCACCGGUGAUCCAGAUGCUUCUGACAAAGCCUGUACCAGUUAAUCAGACACUUCAGCGCUUGGCUGAAGACGAUGUGGAAUGAGAAACAAAUGUCAACAUAAUAAAA